AGAACUUUUAAAUGAACAAAUGGAUGAUAAAGUUAAACAAAAAGGAAAAAGUGAAGAGGAUCAAUUAAGCUCCGCUAAGUCCAUGAAAAAAUCUGAAAAACAGUUUCAAGAAAAAGAUACGCAAACAGAGCCAAUAUACAGAAAGCAAGAACUUUUAAAUGAACAAAUGGAUGAUAAAGUUAAACAAAAAGGAAAAAGUGAAGAGGAUCAAUUAAGCUCCGCUAAGUCCAUGAAAAAAUCUGAAAAACAGUUUCAAGAAAAAGAUACGCAAACAGAGCCAAUAUACAGAAAGCAAGAACUUUUAAAUGAACAAAUGGAUGAUAAAGUUAAACAAAAAGGAAAAAGUGAAGAGGAUCAAUUAAGCUCCGCUAAGUCCAUGAAAAAAUCUGAAAAACAGUUUCAAGAAAAAGAUACGCAAACAGAGCCAAUAUACAGAAAGCAAGAACUUUUAAAUGAACAAAUGGAUGAUAAAGUUAAACAAAAAGGAAAAAGUGAAGAGGAUCAAUUAAGCUCCGCUAAGUCCAUGAAAAAAUCUGAAAAACAGUUUCAAGAAAAAGAUACGCAAACAGAGCCAGUAUACAAAAAGAAAGAAGUUUUAAAUGAACAAAUGGAUGAUAAAGUUAAACAAAAAGAAAAGAGUGAAAAAGAUACACAAACGGAAUGUGAUGACAGUAGUUGCAAAUUUCUUAAAGAAAAAAAAAAUUCAUUAAAUGAAUAUUCUUGUGAUGACAAGUCAUGUGAAAAAAAAGCAACAAAAGUAGCGGUAGAAAAUGAUACAGUAAUAUCUGAUGCCAAAAAAGGUGAACAAGUUUUACCAAGGGAAAAUAAGAAUAAAACUGAAAGUAAAGAAAAAAUCGCUUCUCAGCCUCAAGGUUCUGUUAAAAUGAAUAAUAAAUCCGAUACUCAGAAAUCUAAUAAUAAUAAAGAAGAUCAUUGCAAUUGCUGUAAAUGUAAAGAAAAGUUGAACGCAAAAAAUGAAAAAGAAAAUGCUGAAGAUCCAGUUAAUGUUUCCUACGGCUGGGUAUCUUGGUUUGCUCCAGGUGACUAUAAUUACAGUAAUUGGAUGGUGGAUGAAAUGAAGAAAAAAAAUUUAGAUAACGAUUCUGUUCAGAAUAUGUUGUCUACUAGAACACUAAAUGAUGACAGCCUAACCAACAACAUGAUGAAAACUGGUGAUAAUACUAAAGAUUUAUACAAGGAUAAUUCAAAAGACGAAAUGAAUACCUAUAGCGCUCUUGAAAAAUCAAAUAAAAUUCAAUCAAAUCGAUUUGAAAGGAAACUUUCAGAUUCCACUCAGGAACAAUUAAUAAUAGAUACAGACUUAUACGACAAUAAAAUAUCACACACUAACAAUAAUGAGAAUAUUGAGUAUAUCAGUUCAGUAAAUUCAGAUUCGAACAGAAUAUCUAUCAGCACACAAACUGAAGAGUGGGUACAGGAUGAAGAGGGUCGUUAUAGUUAUAUACCGUAUACUCCAUAUAGACGCAGGACAUUAGCUGCAGAUGAAGAUGCAAAUCGCCAUGAAGGUGGACAAUAUGACAGAAACAGUGAAGACGACAACGAAAAUGUCGAGUAUGAAUCAGCUAGACAUAAUAUUAUUCCUAACAAAAAUGGUUCUAAUAAAAUAAAGCCACAAUACCUAAGAAGUACAGAUAAUAAUAUAGCAAAUGUGGUAUCUGAAAAGAGUUUAGAAUAUAAAUCAAAAAGCCAUAAGAAGAUUCAGAAUGGAAAGAAAAUUAAUGAACCAAUGCUUAAGAGUGUUGCUGCUCAAUACAAUUUGAAUUCUAGUAAUAAUGAAAAGAGUUUCAGUGCUGAUUUCAUACAAAAGAAAUCAGAAAAGAUAAGGAAAUAUUUAAUAAAUUCAAAAAGAAGUGAUAAUGUGGCAACAUGUUCAUAUUCACCCAAACAAAAAAAUCAAAAUUUAAAUAUUACUAGAAGUCGAAAAUCUCAAUUUGAAGGAUGUACAUAUCCCAGGAAAAGAAGUCUUACCCGACCAAAGAAAGACGAUCAUUUCAAAGAAAUUCCAUUUAAAUGUCCUAUUAAACCUGCCAAUGAAAGGUUAAAUAGCCUUUCAAGGCAAUGUCCGAAAUUAUAUACUAGACGUGAAAGUGUAGUACGAUCAUCUGGUGUUCCAUCAACUUGCCCAAAUCAGUCUGAUUCUGUAAAAGAAAAUAAUUUAAGACAAGCUGGUGGUAAAGGAAAAGAGUUUGUAUGCAGUACAGAAAAAAAUAAUUUGAACUCAAAAAAUGUUAAUUCUAGUCACAGAAUUGAACAUUGUUAUUUUCAAGAAACAAAUUCCUCCAAUUAUGAUUCAAAACCAACUACAUCACGAGGAAUUCGUCAUAGAACACCAACGAUUUAUAAAUUCAAUCAAAAGAAUAAUACUUUUUAUAUAGAUGAUGAUUUAAAACAAGAUGAGGCUUAUCCGACUUCAAGAGAAUAUUACAAAUUUGCAAAUUUUAGUUCAGAAAUGAAUACUACACCGACGAUGCCAACUCUAUCGAUGCAGGAACGACAGGCGCAUAUUCGUAGAUAUAAUAAUUCAAAUGAAAGAAAUAAUACCGAAUACUCGCAACAAUGUGGAAAACCUAUGUAUAAUAAUUAUGAUGCUGGUCAUGCCCCGAUGCCGCCAACUUAUAAAUCAAAUUCAAUCAAUCAACAAAUAAAUAUUCCAUCAGCUGUUAACUUUAAGGAUGGAGCAAUGUCACAAAGGCAACCAAGUAGUGGUAGAGUAAGGUUUUAGUCUUGUUGAAAGAGUCCACAAAACAUGCUUUGGUGUGGUAGAAUCUCCCAUCCAUAUGCUAAAUACGCAAAAUUUAAUAUUAAAAUAAUAAUCAAACAAUGAUCAAACAAUGGACAAACAAACCAUAAGCCAUUAGUGAACAUUUUUAAAAAACAAAAAUAGUUAGUAAAAAUUAUUUUGUUGUAUUAAAAGAGUCUUAAAUAAAUU